AUCUUCAUUCCACCAUCCCAUCCAUUAAAAGUACUUGCCCUGCAAACAAAAUACAACUUGGAAAAUCAAUAUCUGUUUUCCUAGAAGAUCCAUAUUCCAUAGUACGCAUCUCUCUCUUUCUCAUUCAUCAAAUAUACCACCAUUAAUUACUAAGAACUUCAUAAUUCAGUACAACCAUGGGAAGAGCUCCUUGUUGUGACAAAGCUAACGUUAAGAAAGGACCAUGGUCACCUGAAGAAGACGCAAAGCUCAAAAAAUAUAUUGAGGAAUCCGGUACCGGCGGUAACUGGAUUGCUUUACCUCAGAAAGUUGGUCUUAAGCGAUGUGGAAAGAGUUGCCGUUUGAGAUGGUUGAAUUAUCUUCGUCCCAAUAUCAAGCAUGGUGGAUUUUCGGAGGAAGAAGAAAACAUCAUUUGCAGUCUUUACGUCAGUAUCGGAAGCCGGUGGUCUAUAAUAGCAGCACAAUUACCAGGCCGAACCGAUAACGAUAUAAAGAAUUAUUGGAACACGAGGUUGAAGAAGAAGCUUUUAGGUAAACAAAGGAAAGAACAACAAGCUCGUCGUCUUGGUUGUUUAAAGCAAGAAAUGAAGAAAGUGAUGAGUACCACAGGGACUUUCAAUAUGGUCAGUCUUUCUGAUCACAACAGAAACUACAAUCAAUACGUUAUACCAACUCAUCAGAAUCAGCCACAUAUACCUAUUCCGAUGCCUUACCCAGCCCAAGAUCCGGCCGGUUAUAUGAUCGACAAUAACGAUCCAAUUAGAAAAUUGUUGAUCAAGCUUGGGGGAAGGUUCUGUGACGAUCAAAACAAUCAACUACUGGUUCACAACGACAUAGGGAUGUCUGCAGGUAAUGAUCUUUAUUGCCCAACACUCAAUAUUUCACCAACUCAAGAACAACUAUAUGAAAACUCACCUCAUUUGGCGAACGACCAGUAUGAUAUUGAUGGAGUGAAUAAUUUGUCGAUGCUACAAGGACUUAACUGUUAUCAACCAGUUCAUGAUGUUGAUCAGAUGGCGUACUACAAUUCGCAAGGAUUAGACGGUUUCUAUGGAGAGGAUAAUAUGGGAAAUAAUGGAUAUACAAGUGCCGGGACUAGUUCAGUUGAGAGUGCAAAUUGGGCUGAUAUGGCCUCUUUGGUUUAUACUCCUAAUACGGUCAUCACGAGUGACAACUAUGUUCCUCAGGAUUGCAAUGAUCACCAACAACCAGGAAGGAUGCUUAAAGAUUGUCAUGAUUUUGAAGGUGAUUCGAGCUUUCUGAUCAUGUAGUUUUCUCUAUAAUAUAUAUCUAUAGCUGCAAUGUAUAUGCAUGGUAGUAUAUGUAAACUUACUAGUGUAUCGAUGAAUUCUAUUCUAUAGCAUUAGGUUAUGGUUUUCGGAUGAUCGUCUUUAAAUCAUCAUGAAUAAUAAACCUAACUCUGAGAUUUGUUUGUUUCUUUAAAUAAGUAUAUUCCUUAUUUCAAUCUAUCUUCAACUUUGUAUUCUGUACCAAUU